AAAUCCACUCUCUUCGUUCCUAUCGGCGACGUCGAAGAGCCUCGCAAUAGCAACAUCAAUGGCGACAACCCCGCCAAAAUAUAGGAUGAAGCUCGCCGUCCUCACCUCGGGAGGAGACAGCGCGGGCAUGAACGCGGUGGUGCGCGCAGUGGUCAAAGCGGGUAUCCUCAAAGCAACAAAAACAGAUAAGCCUGCGCUAUCUCCGCACCAGAACGUUCGCAUCCGAGACGAGGGAUUCGUGCACAACUUACGAUUUGGAGAUGGUGAACUCCUCAGGGACGGCACCUCCGACCACCAUACUGGCAGAUCACUGAAAAACAGGUACAUUGUCCGCGUCGGAUGGGACGACGUGCGUGGAUGGUUCGGUGUUGGUGGCACUCUGUGCGGUACUGCGCGGUCAACAGCGUUCCGCACGCCAGAAGGCCGUCUGACAGCUGCAUACAACCUCAUAAAAGAAGGCAUUGACGCGCUCGCCGUCUGUGGAGGCGACGGCUCAUUGACAGGUGCCGAUGUAUUUAGGGCAGAAUGGCCAAGUCUUGUCUCAAAACUCCGCGAACAAGGCAAGAUCACAGAUGAACAGGCCAAAACCUACGGCUAUCUCAAGAUUGUCGGUCUCGUCGGUUCUAUCGACAACGACAUGUCUAUGACGGAUAUGACCAUUGGUGCACCCACCGCUCUGCAUCGCAUCUGCGAGGCUAUCGACAACAUUGAGUCGACUGCGUCCUCCCACUCCCGUGCUUUCGUCGUCGAGGUCAUGGGCAGGCACUGUGGUUGGCUCGCGCUUCUCGCCGGUGUCAGUUCCGGCGCGGACUUCAUCUUUAUUCCCGAGCGGCCGCCAACGACCGACUCCUGGGAAGAGGAAAUGUGCAAGAUGAUUCAGCGCCAUCGUGACAUAGGCAAGCGGAAGACCAUCGUCAUAGUGGCCGAGGGUGCUCUUGACAAGGACUUGAAGCCCAUCUACGCAGAACACAUCAAGGAUGUGUUGUCCGAGAAGCUUGGGCUGGAUACUCGGGUAACCACGCUUGGUCACACCCAGCGUGGUGGACGUCCCUGCGCGUUUGAUCGUAUUCUUCCGACUUUGCAAGGAGUUGAAGCUGUGGACGCCCUGCUCGAGGCAACGCCUGAUACACCAUCGUACAUGAUUGGCGUUCAGGAACACAAGAUUAUACGUGUACCACUCGUGGAAGCCGUUAAGAUGACACAUUCCGUCUCCGAGGCAAUUUCCAACAAGGAUUUCGACAAGGCCAUGUCGCUGCGUAACCCCGAAUUUCGUGAAUCACUGGAAGGCUUCUAUGCGACGUCUCAGAUCCACCCUGAACCUCGUCUGCCGCAUUCACAACGGAUGCGCAUCGGUAUUAUGCACGUUGGUGCUCCAGCAGGAGGUAUGAAUGCCGCCACUCGCGCCAUCGUGCGGUACUGCAUUGCGCAAGGGCACAAGCCAUUCGCUAUCCACAAUGGCUUCGUCGGUCUGCUGGACGACAGCGUGUACCAGCUAUCAUGGCUCGGUGUCGACAACUGGAUGACGCGCGGAGGCUCUGAGCUCGGUACAAACCGCAAGCUGCCAGACAUCGAUCUUGGCUUGGCGGCAGCCAAGUUCCAGCAUCACAAUUUCCAUGCUUUGAUCAUGAUCGGAGGCUUCGAGGCGUUUAGCUCGCUGCUUAUCCUUGAGAACGGCCGGAAGCACUAUCCGGCGUUCAACAUCCCGAUCGUUCACCUUCCCGCAACAAUCUCAAAUAACGUGCCCAUGACCGAGUUCAGCUUGGGCAGUGACACGAGUUUGAACGCUCUUGUCGAUGCAUGCGAUGCCAUCAAGCAGAGUGCGAGUGCAAGCAGGAACCGUGUCUUCGUUGUCGAGACCCAGGGUGGAAAGUGUGGGUAUCUCGCCACCAUGGGAGCUCUAGCGACCGGUGCUUGCAUCGUCUACACCCCAGAACGAGGGAUGAACCUGAACAUGCUGCGGGAUGAUGUCAAAUACCUCAAGAAGCGUUACAGCCUUGACGUUAAGGGCAAGAGCGAGGGCCGUAUAGUCAUGCGGAGCGAGGAAGCGUCCACGGUGUACACUACCAAGAUGCUCACUGACAUGUUCAAGGAGGAGGGUGGCAAGCUUUUCGACUCGCGGUCCGCUUCGCUUGGACACACGCUGCAAGGUGGCAUUCCCUCUCCCCUCGACCGCGCACGCGCAGUACGGCACGCACUCAAGUGCGUAGCGUUCGUCGAGCAGCAACACAACGCGAUCAUGAAGCAAACGCAGCGCCCGCGUGUCGCGCCGCCAGAGUCGGCUGCAGUCAUCACAAUUCAAGGCUCGAAUCUGAAGUGGGUGCCGGUGCUCGAGAUGGUGGAGCAUGCCGACAUGCAGAACCGCCGCGGGAAGCACGAGUCGUGGCGUGACAUCACUGGGCUCAUCGAGGCACUCGUCGCGCGGCCGCAGAUCCUCGGCGACGGGAAGGACAGGGAGGGACCGAGCUUGUCCACAUAAGGGAAUGGUACGACGGGGCCGGAUGUGGGGACUGUGAAGUGCAUGUACGUCUAACACUGUACAUUCAAGUUGUGAAAUGGGGCUACUGUUUGUAAUAAUGUGUUACUCGUUCCUGUGAUUGUAGCAAAACCAAGCCACAUAGAAAU